AUGAGCCUUUGCCUUGCGGUUGGCAGCCCGGCGCUGAUUACUUAUUCGCUUACCAUCACGAUGCUGAAUCGGUACUGGGUGCGGCGGGUAUUUCGUGAGCUGUUGGAUAACUUGCACCCCCAGACCCGGGCCCGCUACAAGCGGCAGGUGAAUGGCGUGCAGUAUUUCCUUGCCGAAGCGCAGCAGGUUCCUAUCCAGGUUCCUGCCGAGUUAAGCGAGAUACGCCGAUUGCUUGCGCCUGGGAUGGAAGUGUGGUGGCGCGGACUCAAUGGACGGCUACGGCGCUCAAGGCGCGGAGUUACGGCUUCGCUUGUUGCUCAGGUGCUAUCGGCAGUAAUCGCUUACACUUUUACUGUAAUUGCAUCUUUCAUCGCGGCUAUCGACAGUUUGGAUCCGGUUAUGCAGAUUAGCGCAGGAACAUUGUGGGUAUGGUUGAUACCUGUUAUAUGUGGCUGGGUUAUUGUCGGGACCCAGAGCUCGCACGAUGCAGUGGAGGAUGCCUUGCGCGUAAGGCAUUUGAACCCGUCAUCCGGAGUCCAAAGCAGCCCUAACAUCCCGGAGCCGGAAAACGAUGGGAUCACGGUCCGGCACUAUGGAAAUACCAGACAAUCACUCUGGUUUGGCUUGAAUUUUGCCGGCGAUGAACUACAAAAGGGCCCUGUAUAUAACUACGCGCGAGUUUUAACAUGGUGGCAGACGGUCAAUGCAUUUAUUGAAACAACAAGAGCCAUCGAUCGCAGCCAUGCCGCAGAAACAGAGCCAACUUGGCAGCCAGAUAAUAAGCCUCAGACUCCAACUUUACAGCCGGUCAUCAACGAGGUGUCUGAAAGCGAAAUUACCGUACUUCCGAUUUCGCAGGACGAGGUCUUUAUCGAGACCUAUCCAAGACUGGCGAGCAUCCCGCCGGAAAUGUGGUGGCGAAUAAUACUUGCUUCUCUCAUGGCUCUCUCUGUACAAUGGGGAACCACUGGGGCAUCAGUCAUCAUCGCGAUUCUAACGCCAGUCAAAGGCCUUGGCUGCCGGUCCGGUAGCUACGCGCUCUAUGGCGUCCUGGGAACAUUUUCCUGGUUGGUCUUACUUGUGUCCAUGCUGUUGUCGCACGCUGCAAUGUCACGACCAGCCAGGUCAACAGCGCAUCGCUGGUAUGGCCGCCUCGCUAUCGUUUCUCGGUGCCUGGGCAAGACGAUCGCGGUUAUCAACGCCGCGUGGCUGGCUAGCAGUACCAUAUUUGAAAACAUCGGCUUCUACGACAACUGUUGGUGUCACUCGGUCGUACUGCAAUAUGGCGUUGACGCGUGGGUUAUUCUGUUUCGCACCGAAGAGGAGUUUCGACGAGAGGCGAAGAAUUCGUGGCCUGGUGGGAUCGCGAUGACGAUGAUCGUCGCGGCUCUGUCGGUUUUGGUAUUCGCGCUAGGAUCGAGAAAUGAUUCGACUUCGGGUGACGAUGAGUAUGAUUAG